CGGAGGAGGGAAGGAGCUGCCGGGGACCACAGCCGCCGGAGCAGCAGCACUAGAGGGAGGAGGCUUCCUUGCAAGGCGGCGGCGGCGGCGGCGGCAGCAGCAGCAGCCUUUGGGGCUUUCCCAUGUCUCUCCAACCGGCCUCCCCGGACCCACUCCCCCCCGCUCCUGGCCGCUGCUGAGCCGGGCCCCAGCCCCGCCACCCUUGCCUUCCUGCGGCUGCGGCUGCUUCUGAAGCGAAUCCGGGGAAGGAGGAAAUUUGCUCCAUCUCCAGCAGCAACCACUGCUCCUUUUGAUGUUGUGGUACGCCGUGCGCAUGCGCUCCACAUUAGAAUUACUGCACUGGCUAGAAUAAGUUGGAUCGCUCCUUCUCUUCCGCGGAAAACCCUAAAUCAGACCGAAAGCUAAGAGGGAUGCUGAGAGUCCGGAGAAAAGGUGGCGUCGGGAUUUGGUCGUUGCCCUUGAUCCUCACCGUGGUGUGUGCCCAGACGGCGAAUGAUCCCAGCAAUAUGUCCCUGGUCAAAGAGACCGUGGAUCGACUGCUGAAAGGCUACGACAUUCGGCUCAGGCCGGAUUUUGGAGGUCCCCCGGUGGCUGUGGGCAUGAACAUAGACAUUGCCAGUAUAGACAUGGUCUCAGAAGUCAAUAUGGAUUAUACCUUGACAAUGUACUUCCAGCAAGCAUGGAGGGAUAAGAGGCUUUCAUAUAAUGUAAUACCUUUAAAUCUUACACUGGACAAUAGAGUAGCAGAUCAGCUUUGGGUGCCUGAUACCUACUUCCUGAAUGAUAAGAAAUCAUUUGUACAUGGUGUCACUGUGAAGAACAGGAUGAUUCGUUUACAUCCAGAUGGGACAGUUCUCUAUGGUCUCAGAAUUACAACCACAGCUGCAUGCAUGAUGGAUCUGCGAAGAUACCCAUUGGAUGAACAGAACUGCACACUAGAGAUAGAGAGCUAUGGCUACACAACAGACGAUAUUGAAUUUUACUGGCGUGGGGGUGACAAUGCAGUUACAGGAGUGACAAAGAUUGAACUUCCACAGUUUUCCAUUGUAGAGUACAAACUUAUCACCAAGAAAGUUGUUUUCUCAACAGGUUCCUACCCAAGGCUAUCCCUCAGUUUUAAACUUAAGAGAAAUAUUGGCUACUUCAUUCUGCAAACGUAUAUGCCUUCCAUUUUGAUCACUAUUCUUUCUUGGGUUUCAUUCUGGAUUAAUUAUGAUGCUUCAGCUGCAAGAGUGGCUUUAGGGAUCACAACGGUGCUCACAAUGACAACCAUCAAUACCCAUCUACGAGAAACACUGCCCAAAAUUCCCUAUGUGAAAGCCAUUGACAUGUAUCUGAUGGGAUGUUUUGUCUUUGUCUUCAUGGCCCUACUGGAGUAUGCCUUGGUCAACUACAUCUUCUUUGGCAGGGGACCACAGCGUCAGAAGAAAGCAGCAGAAAAAGCUGCCAGUGCUAACAACGAAAAAUUACGAAUGGAUGUCAAUAAGAUCUUUUAUAAAGAUAUAAAACAAAAUGGGACCGAAUUGCGAUCCCUGGAUCCCACUGGAAAUCUCUCCCCAACUAGAUGGACUGCCAGUUACGAUUACCCUCUUAAUACGGACAGAAGAAUAAUUGGCACAUAUCAUUGUCCAGAAAUGUAUUCAACAAAGAUGGAUCCACAUGAAAAUAUUCUGUUGAGCACACUUGAAAUUAAAAAUGAGAUGGCUGCUUCUGAAGCUGUCAUAGGCCUUGGGGACCCUAGAAGCACUAUGCUGGCCUAUGAUACCUCAAGUAUCCAGUACCGGAAGGCUGGCUUACCAAGACACAGCUUUGGCCGUAACGCCCUGGAGCGGCAUGUGGCACAAAAGAAAAGCCGGCUACGGAGACGUGCCUCUCAGUUGAAAAUUACCAUCCCUGACUUGACUGAUGUAAAUGCCAUAGAUCGAUGGUCCCGCAUAUUCUUCCCUGUUGUUUUUUCCUUCUUCAAUAUUGUCUAUUGGCUUUAUUAUGUGAACUAAAAACAAAACAAAGCCACACAGAUAUCAAGGACUGGAUUUCUCUUCAAAAUCAGUUGUACAGCCAAAUGUGGGACAUAGGGAGGAAAAAAAACCUAUUCAGGACAAAAGUUGCUUUAAAACACCUUAGUUGCUGGCCCACUAUAUAAUCUAUUUUGUAAUGUUUGGGUUUUCUUGCAAAAGAGAUAAACAUACACGUUUUAGUACAAAGGAUGCAACACAACCUUUAAAGAUAUCAUUGUGUUUAAUGCUUGGAGAUAGAUUUUGAAACUUGGUCAUUUUUUGCAGGUGUUUUUUUAAUUUUAGCACUAAUAUGUUUAGACACAAAAGAAGGAAGCUAGAAAAAGGGUUUGAGCUCUGAUAGUAACACCUCUCUUCACAUCUGAACAUAUAAAGCAUUAUGGAAUGGCGAGAGAUAGAACACUAAUGUUAUAAUGCUUAUAACUCAAACCAUUAUUCCAACAUUACCUUUUCAGGACAUUAACUUGAAAAUAAGUAGUGCCUAUCAUCAUACCAUGAGGAUGAGUUUUCCAGAGUAUAUCAUGUUGCUUAUGGAAAGAAUGGAAGUAGUGAGUCGUGCGAAAUUCACACAAAAAUUGGUAGCAUUAUGUGAAAGAGAAAUUGUCAUUUAGUUAGUAGAGCACAAUAGUUACCAUGCUGUAUAACACUGAUCCACAGAAUUGUUGAGGAGAUGCCCAAGUAUGUGCUGCAGUGUGCCUCACUUAAUGUCUGUGUGUAAAGUGCCAAAUGUCAAGGGGCCAGUAGUGACUUCAAAGGUGGCUUUCUCUUGGUGCUCUGUUCUUCCUUGUGGGAGAAAAACAGUGGCAAAUGUUUUCAGAACUAAGAGUCAGGGAGAAGCUACAAAUACUGUACAAAUAAUUGGUAUCAGUUUGCCUGUUAGUUUAUGCAGUAAGGGUUCUUAAUUACAGGCUUGAUAUUAUUUCAUUCCCACAUGAAAGACAUUGGAUAGAAGCAAGUUUCUGCUGUUUCAACAACAUAUAUAUUUUUGUAUUUCAUAGAAAGCACUUACCUUUUAGUACAGAGUUUGGUUGCUUUCUUCCAUUACAUUUAAUUUUAAGUGUCUAAUUUUUAUUUGGAAAGUAUUCUUUGGGGGAGGGGGGAGGAAUACAUAAAAGAGGAAGAGAAACUCUAAUAUCCUCAGAUGAAAGGGGAUGAAUAAUUUUCCCUAUAUUCUGAAUCUUAGAACUGCCCUUCCUUUUGUUUGUUUCCCCAUGCAACUCAAUUUUUCUACAGUCCCCAUUCCUGAAUCACUGGGAUAGGUUGAACUGAAAAUUUUCAGUCCAUUAAAUAUUAUCAUAGCAUCUUCCAAUCAGCUCAAUGAAGUUUGUGCAGGAUUCAGAAUAGUUCUUGCUUCUAAUAUAGAAGAGCUAUUUUAAAACAAAAGAUGUGUUACAAUGGGUUACAAAGGAUUAGAGAAGACUGUACUCUCUCUUAGAUAAACAUUUCCCUUUUGAUUUGUGUCUUUUUUUCAAAAGCCCAAAUCAGUGUGUGAUUACUCCUUAGUAAAGUAUUUUAAAAGUUUGCACAGAUUAUUCAUAUCUGAUUUUGGACACCACCAUGUAUUUUCACCAUGUGAAAAGACUGGUCUCAUGGUUUCCCAUAUGCUGUUGGGCCUGGUCCAUUUCAUAGAUCAGAGAAUCAUUCAUUCCUCUUGUAAUAUUAUCCCCAACCAGAAUAAGAGAAUUCUUAGACCCUUUGCUUAGAGCAUCUUUUCUGACAAAUGAGAUUAGUUGCACUGUAUUCAUGGUUCAUUUCAUUUAUUCAUUUCCAUAAAGAAGCUGCCCAUUAAUUUGAUACAAACAAAGCUUUAAAAUGUGGAAAAUAUCAACAUUACAGUUAAUCCCUGGGAUUUGCAGACCUCAAAAGAAAGUAUUUUAUAACUUUUCUCUUCUCAUAUUGGUUCAAUAGGUCAGCUAUAAUGAAAACUAUAAAAUCAGCUCCUCAUACUGCACUUUAAAAUAUCUGGAAGUUUACGGUAUAAGCCAUAACAUUUUCUGACCUUGCCAAUGGGAGGAUGAAUUUUACCGAGGGGGGGGGGGUGUCACAAAGAAAGUGCACAAUCACCUCCAUGAGGUCCUUUUCAUUGUUAAGGAGGAACUGCUUACAGAAAUAGAUGUCAUAUCAUGUUUCUGAGCUAAGGAAUUUAAAAUACAAUGAGGUGUAUGUACUAGAAUAAGAUUUAAAUGAGAAUUGAAGGACCAUGAUACAAAACAAAACAAAAAAGAUUUUGUUUUUCUCCUCUGUAGUGCCAGCAUGUGGUAGAAACAGACAAAAGUAUUACAUGAUUUAAUUCAUAAAGGAAAUUUAAAUAAGCGGUUACCUUUGAAUUGAACAGAAAUGUGCUCUUGUUCUUAUUAGUUAUAACCACAUUUCACAUUACUAUUUUUUUUAAUUUAUUUAUUUAUUUAUUUAUUUUGGUUUCAGGAUGCAUACUUGCCAGCAAUUAAGGUGUUUUCUCUUCAUCUUUGUGAAAUUCAUGGCAAAAUUACAAGUAUAUAAUACGGCACAGUUUUAACAAUAUCUUUGCGAUCAAUGCUCUGUAAAUACAUUCUGUAUAUGAUUGCUAGUAAGUCUAAUAUGCAUUUUCCAAACUGAAAAUUCAUGCAGCAUAUUUGUGUUUGCCUAAGGAAUGUUAUGUUUCUAUACUACUGCGGUUUUAAUGACGGGGAAGAAAGAACCAAGCAAUUUCAUGCUGAAUAUUUUCUGUUAUCAUCCCCAGUGGGAAGCAAAGUCUUGAACAAUAGCACUGAAGGGGGACACCUGAUACUUUUUGUACUCUAAUAUAUUAAAAAAGAAAAAAGAAACUUUAGACUCUGCCAGACAAAAGCACAAUGCAUAGAAAACAAGAGAGCAAGUGCAUAUAGAUAGAUACAUAGAUAGAUAUAUCUGGGGAGGGGGGAAUCCCAUUUAAGUUUAGGUAAAAUGCACACUAGACGUGCAACUGAAAUAAUUCUUUUUUAAAAAACUAAAUCUGUGUUCCAGUUGCAUAGUUAGCAGUUAAUGUAAGUGAAGACAAAACACUAAACAUUAUCAAUGUCUAUGGCGAGUAUAUAGACAUAUAUUUUAAUAUGUGUAUAUAUAUUCCUCUGUUGAUAGGUAUGUGUGUGUAUGUGUGUAUACGCAU